CGAAGGUGGACGUCUGCCGCCGCUACCAACCACCCCACAGUGCCUCUCAUAGUGCCACAGUGACGAAAACCAAUAGAGCCACCUUCCACCACGAGCCACCCACACCCCCCCUACCCCUCCUGUCUCACGUAAACAUCUCACAAACUUAUGAGGUACCACCGCCAAUGGUCCUGUAAGCUGUAGUUCAGAUUGAGUGCCUUAAAUACUGUUACCAAGUGAGGGACGUAGCAAAGAUUAAAUCCCAAGUGAGGAGUGGAUCUAUUUUCUCUCCCGCCCCUCCUUCCCUCACUUCUCUCUGACUCAUAUAAACGACUCAUAAAAAAUGCUCAUAACUCACCAGCAGACAAGUAACCCUCCUAAGGUGACAAUUUUCAAACAGUGCCUUACAGUGAGAUAAAUUUACAUUCACUGUUACUAAGGUCUCGUGUGUCUGUCUUACUCAUAAACUCACAAACCCGCUCUCACAAUACUCACAAAACUGGUAUCUAAGCGACUCGACCAACUGAUUGAGGAUUAUCACUCGAGUCACAGCGAUCUAAAGCCGCCAUUUGUAGAGAAGCACCUCACUAUAGUCUCUACGUUCUACAGCAGCCAUAUUGCUCAACCCAAAUAUACCAAGAGGGUCAAACACACACAGAUAUUUCAGUCAACUAAAUCCCAAGAAAACCCGAGAAUUUGAACCCAUUUAAAACCCAAGAAAUCCCAAGAAAACCCGAGAAUUUGAACCCAUUUAAAACCCAAGAAAUACCAAGAAAACCCAAGAAUUUGAACCUAUUUAAAACUCACGAAAACCCAAGAUUUCACCCCAUUAUCAGGUGUAGAAAAUACAGAACUUAAUGUACACUUUGAAGGUAAGUGUACAGCAGGGUGUUCAUGUGAGUGUAACCUGUGUACUGUACAAAGAAAGGACUUGUACUUACCAACACAAGUACAUCUGAUUACUGUACUAAAGUGUACUAUUUCAUACCAAGUGUCUCGAUAAGUACAACUGCAUCAGUGUCUUGCGAAAAUUCUCAAGUGUAAACCUAUGUGUACUAUAAACUAUACAGUACCACGAGUAGAGUAAGUGUAUCCCGCGUGGUGAGAGUAUACUUAAGUGUAUUGGUGCCUAAGUGGAUAACAACAACAACGAGACGAUCGAACACGGGUAUAUAGCCAAAGCGGACAGGUGCGACCACAGGUGUUAAGUGAAGCGGACAGGUGCGACCACAGGUGUUAAGUGAAGCGGACAGGUGCGACCACAGGUGUUAAGUGAAGCGGACAGGUGCGACCACAGGUGUUAAGUGAAGCGGACAGGUGCGACCACAGGUGUUAAGUGAAGCGGACAGGUGCGACCACAGGUGUUAAGUGAAGCGGACAGGUGCGACCACAGGUGUUAAGUGAAGCGGACAGGUGCGACCACAGGUGUUAAGUGAAGCAAAAAGAAGAAGAGGGAAGACAGAAAAAACGAAAAAGGCACGCGCGUGUGUCUGUCUGUGCGUGUGUGUGUGUGUGUGUGUGUGGAGUGUGAGGUCGUAGUGGCGGGGUUCAUCACACACUCGAGGAUGAAGCAAGAACUUGAAGACUUCCUCACCUUCACCUCGGACUCACCUGAGGACUUGGUGAGAGAAGAUGUGAUGAUUGUCUCCUCCUCUCAGUGUCUGCUGGACUACAGUGAGUGUGGGGAUGAGGCCCAGCCGUCACCUAAACACAUGAAGCUGUUUACCGACUCCCCGCCCAGCCCAGAUCACCAAUUCUGUUCCUCUACGACCUCCAUGGCCAGUGACUCAGCCCAUACCCCCUCAGAAAGUUUACGAGAGGACGACGGGCCCAAGCGUUCGUGUCUGGUGUGUGGGGACAUAGCGUCGGGUUUCCACUACGGCGUUGCAUCCUGCGAGGCUUGUAAAGCUUUCUUUAAGAGAACCAUCCAGGUAAGAAAAGGUAACAUUGAGUACACGUGCCCGGCUGCUAAUGACUGUGAGAUCAACAAGAGAAGACGGAAGGCGUGUCAGGCAUGUCGGUUCCACAAGUGUCUGCGAGUCGGCAUGCUUAAGGAGGGCGUCAGGUUAGACCGGGUGAGAGGAGGACGGCAGAAGUACAGGAGGACCACAGAGUCGCCGUUCUCUCUCCAAAUGCCCGUCAAAAAAGUUUCCUUAGAAGAUAAUAAGCUUCUGAAAUCCCUCAUCUCGUGUGAGCCCGACCCCCUCUACGCUCUGCCCGACCUAACGGUGUCCGACGCAGACUUCCUGACUAUAUCCACGCUGGCUGACCUCUACGACAGGGAGCUGGUCUCUACCAUAGGCUGGGCUAAACAAAUUCCUGGGUUCACCGAGCUCGCACUAAAUGACCAGAUGCGGCUACUACAGAGCACCUGGGGGGAGAUCCUAACGCUGGGCCUGGCUUACCGCUCCAUGCCCGCUCAUGCCCACACGCUCCAUUUUGCUCCGGACUUCAGUUUAGACGAGAAACAAGCGAGGGAAUGCAAUGCUACCGAGCUUUUUACGCAGGUUCUGGGUGUGGUUGAGAGACUGGAGCAAUGCGGCAUCAACAGGGAAGAGUUCUUGCUACUAAAGGCUCUCGUGCUGACCAACUCGGACGUGCGGCUUCAAGACAACCAGGCCCUACACCGCCUGCGGCAGAAUAUCCUUCAAGCACUGCACGACGCGGUAGCAACAAUCAGACUACGGGACGCGGUAGUACAGAUGCAGUCGCUAUUACUGUGCUUGCCGUCGUUAAGAGCAGCAGACGCGGCCCUGAGGAGGUACUGGCUCUCCGUACGGCACCAGGGUAGUGUGCCCAUGAACAAGCUCUUCGUUGAGAUGCUAGAGUCACAUAUGCGGUGAAUGGGAACUAAACUUAAUCCUUAAUUAAAUAUAUAUAUAUGGCAAACAUUGAUUUACAUUAAUGGAGGAAAAAAAUUAAUGAUGUGGCAGGGAUGUGAAGUUAAUGAUGUGGCAGUGAUGUGAAGUUAAUGAUGUGGCAGGGAUGUGAAGUUAAUGAUGUGAAAGGGGUGUGUUGGUGUUGUGUGUUGAGACGAACUUCCCCACUGAGGCUUGCCAGGUGGUCACGGAAGCUCCGGCGCUGACCACUGUGGAGAUGUUUUGGUGUCAUGUCUUCCAAGUUCGAACUGGAGUUGUGAGGGAGAGAAUCGCUCGCCGUGUCGGACGCUUCCCCCCCGGCGCACGACUCGACCGCGGGGACGAACGCUCCGACGCCCGGUGAUUACGGCGAGCGAAACGGCGUCUCCAAGAUGAUGACGAACGCCAGGAGGAAGAACGAUACAAUACUCCAUAUAUAGAAAAGCCUGCCAUGUUGCCAUACACUCAGGUAUUGUUGGCAAUUGUGUUCAGCCCCAAGAAAAUAAACAAAAGAACAUAGAUCACCAUUAAGAGAACUUUAACCCCAAUGUGAGAUUUGAUCCUAUGUACUAUGUGUAUAUAUAUAUAACUGUUGUCAAUGCUACUCCCACCGAGCGACACGUUUGGCGAUGUUGCCGCUGUAUGCAAAUCAACUAACACGGUCAGCGAAUCAGAGCAAUGGACGAUAUAUUUAACAAAUUCAUAGUUUUUUUUUUUAUUAGGACUGGAGUCACAAGGGCUCAUGUUUGCUGAUCUCCUCAUUCGUCGGCAGUAGACUGAGGACGACGGCAGUGUGUCGUCUCAAAACUCAGUCGCUGCUAUAGGGAAAAAAAUAAGUUGAUAGAAGUGUACAUAUUCAUUUUCUUAGUAUCUCAAAGGCAUAGGCCUGUGUAACAGUACAACUGCUUAAGUAAGAGAAACCAAUAAUAAAAAUGUGUGUGUUGUCUGUUUCUAAUUAAAUGUGAAACUUGUCAUGUGUUUAGACAUUAUAAUAACUACCAGUAACUCUACAGUCACCUGGACAAUGGCAGAGUACACACCAGGGUGAUUAUAGGGUUAACGAGCAAGAGUCGUUAGGCUACAUCAGGUGCUAGUGUCCCAUGAUAAACAUUUGCCCAGAGAGUAUAAUAACCCUUAUGAGACACUCUGUUGAAGUAUGGUGUGCUAACUUGUUCAUAAUUUACACUACAAUGUAUACAACCCAGGGAAAGGGGGUGUACUGGAGGCUUGAACUUGGCACGAUGGUUGAUGGUGUGUGUGUGUGUGAUGCAAAUUCCUACACUUUUAAUACACAGUAUACAGAAAUUACCAGUGUAUUAGAGACAUAUGUAUACACACACACACACACACACACACACACACACACACACACACACAGCAUCGAGCCAAGUUUAAACCUCCAAUACAACUCCUUUAGUGUUUAUCCUUUGUCUCAUCUAAGGGCCCAUGUAAGAAUAACAACCUGUUUAUAUACAUACAUACAUACAUACAUACAUACAUACAUACAUACAUACAUACAUACAUACAUACAUACAUACAUACAUACAUACAUACAUACAUACAUACAUGCAUACAUACAUUGUGUACCCAAAGUCUCUCUCUUCUUAGGCACUUAACGCUGUACAGAAACAACCUCCAAAUACCAGAUCGUGCAAAAGGGUGAUACUGUAUUGAUUCCAUUGCAACAGAAUAGACAGAGCAUUGCAGAAUCAACAUCGAUCAGCAUCCACAGUAACGACAACCAUUAUGAAGAAUUACCCCAUACUGUACUGACGUUAAGAGCCUAUGGAGUCACACUUUAGGGCCAUAUUGUAUAUAAUAUGUUAAAAAAAUAUAAUAUAUAUUCACCAUACAUCCCAGAAAUCAAAUAAUGUUAUAACUUGUCUUCCCAGCUGUAAACUGUCAUGGUGGAAUUUUGGUUAUGAGUUUUUCAAAAUAUGUCUUCCUUAUUUUGAGUCAUAUUAUACUUGGAGAAUAUGGCCUUGGACACCAAUGUGAUUUAUAUUGGAGUUAUGUUAAAUACGGAGGGUUAUAUACACACAUAUACACUGUUAUGUAUGAAUUGUUGCCCCUCUUCUCUGCCAUGGUGUAUGAGGGGGGGGGGGUGAAAUGUGUCACUUUAUGUAUGAUGAUUCGUGUAUAAUAUCUCCUAUUCACUGUGUAUUAUUGGUGUGUUUCUUCUGUCAAGUGUUAAUGUGUAUGAUAUGGUAUACUUUUUAUAUUACGUAUAAAAAUGUAUGUUUUAUAUUCCAUGAUGGUUAAAAGGUAGAAAUAUAUAUGGAUCAUACAACAAACACACACACACAAUUUCUACAUGGGAUAAUCUUUUAAAUUUACCGAAGGGGAAAAAAAAUAUCAACAAAUCACCGCAAUGACAGUAAAAACAGUGGGUAAGGCAGCAACUCGAAGCUCGCAGAUAAAAUCAAAUACCACGUUACGAUUUGUGGAGAUAAUGCCUUCUUAGGGGUUGGGUUAGGUUUAGGGUUCAAUAUUGUCGCGAUACAAUUGUUUACGUAUUUGUGUGUUUACGUCAAGGAGCUGUCGCGUCUGUCGUUUCGCUAUGGGCCUGAGGAAAAGCGUCGUGUUAAUUGCGAACCACUGGAGGCAUACACAGACACACAUCCCUACACACCAAAACAUGCACACAUCUUCACAUACACACACUGAAAUGUAUACACAAACACAUCCCUACACACACACACACACACCAAAACAAACACAUACCAUAAAACAUAUCUACACACAAACACCGACCGACAAACAGACAGACACACACACAGACAGAGCAUCGUGCCAAUAUUAAACCUCCUAAGCUAACUCCUCCUCCUCAAAUAAUCCACAAAACCUAAGCCCAUCAUACGACAAAUAAACCAGAAGCGAAUAAUUACGUCAAAUCCCGACAUGCCGAAGGUAGCGCACUUGAUAUUAUUUUCACUACUCCUGCGAAAAAGAAUAAAAUAUAACCAAAAAAUAGAAGCAUAAAUACUCACAGGGCAGCUGGCAUGACAAUAUCCCCCUUCUGUUUGUUAUCUAAUGGAUCGAGUUAAUUUCGUCUAUUUAUUUACCAUUUUUGCUAUUUCAUUUUUUAAUUUAUAUACUGGACUACAAUGUUCAGUUCAACUAGUACCGUACUACUGCACUUUAACUAUCAUCUCUUUCAUUAGGGCGACCCGUGCUAAGUGUCAUGGUGAAUUGGGGGUUUCCGAUAUUCGAAUACAGUAUCUAAAUUAUUUCCUUAUGCUGGGGAUCGGAGAAAACAUCUAAGUGAAGGUGAAGUCUCGGUGCAAUUCUGAUGCCAUUUUGACGAUCGUGUUCGUGGGUUUGUCCGAGCGAACCGGAUAGAUGCGUUUUUAAGUCCCGAGUUAGAGUUGAGAUUUAUUACAUUAUCCGAACUACAGAGAACCAUGGCCCUGGUUUAGGAGUCAUUAAAUUGCGUUUCACGGACUUUAAAGGGAGGAGCAUACCUUUACAUUUUCUCUCAGAGUGCGUUUAGCGUUAUCACUACCGAGGUAUAUAAAUGUUUACAAAAUAUAUAUAAACUUCUCGAUGAUAUUUUCUGCAGCAUAAUAUUUAUCAAACGGAUAUUUAUCAUGAUUUGUAUUAUUUAUGUUCAUUUAUAUAAUUAAUUUCCAAUAUACAAAAUUAUACAGUAAAUGUUGAUAAGUUUAUACACAAAAUACAGUGAAUACAAUGUUUACUUCUGUAUUUAUAUGAUGUAUACAAUGAUACAUAUUUUAUUUAUUAUUACAAUGUAUUCUUCCUAUGUGAUAUCUGUCCCAUUGUCGUACCAUGAACACGAGCGAUAUAUCACACGGUACUAUUUGUUCAUUCGGUCAAAGAUGGUCGUUCCAACGUUGUCUCCUGAACGUAAAACUACACCGAGAAUAUUUAUUCAUAAUUGUCAAAGACAGUUGUUCCGUUAUGGCACGUUAAGCGCAAGAUUGUACCUUGGUCACAUAUGCCGAACUUUGUUCACACCAUUGACGACAAUUUGUUCAUAGUUCAUGCUGGAUAUCAAUUUGUUCAUCGUUCACGCUGGAUAUUUGUUCAUCGUUCAUGCUGGAUAUUACAAUUUGUUCAUUGUUCAUACUGGAUAUGCAAGUAUUAAAGACAAAAUACGAUUAUUUCUGGAGCACAUCGUACAGAGCUGUGUCCACUUCACCAGACCAUACACGUAGUUAUCUGUGUAACCGCAUCACUGUGCAAUAGAUAAAGCUGUUCAUUAUUAGUGUCUCUACCACAACCAAAUCCAUGUAGUACUAUAACCCUAAUGCGCCUCAGAUGAAACUUCCCGACAAGAGAGAUAAUCGAUGCGUGGCGCGACGUCCUCCGAGGGGAUCAAAACCCCAUCUCUACGUCGCCAAAAUCUCCCCUAGUUAUGUAGCAAGUCUGUAGUAAAUUUAAGGUGAUUCUGAAUCAAUGUGUUUUAAGGCUGAAGGUUUUAGUCAAAAUGCUUAUUGUUACGGCUCGUUAUUCCUCGACCCGAUGAGUGAGUGAAUUUGUCCCUCACACACAGAGUCGUUGUUCACUGCUGGCCCUAGGUGUAAUAUUACUGUAAAUCAAAUUACCAAAAUGCCCCCUGGCUUGAGUCGGAACCUCUCUGGCAUCCUGGGAGUGGCAGGUAUGAGUCCGAGGUCACAGACACAAUGUUUAUUUUGUCUGGUAAAUGUUGCCAAAUGAAUGUAUCUAAUUAAAGUUGAGUCUUGGUGUAACUUUAAUGCCAUUUUUAAACGUUAUUAUUCUACUUUGACUCAAGUCAGCCACUUAGGAACAUUCUCGCACCAGCAGUUACGAGAACAAUUGAACGUACGAACCACUGUGAACCUUGGCUGUAGUCUGGGGGUAAACUACCUUAAAUAUACUAUCGUUAAGAGGACCACAAAGCUCUCUCGGGCAACGAAGGCUCCAACAUUAUUGUGAUUACAUAGCACUGCCCUAAGACAAUGGCGUCUCCUGCUUCUACACUCCUCAACUACUAAAAACAAACAGAAUCAAAUUAAAUACCUUUUGGUCGCACCGCUCGUUAGAAUGUGGCGAAAGAGGCGACAUUCUUGGCUUGGGAUUACCGGUGUGGUAGACGGUGAAUGGAUACUAAAUCACACACCAACUCGUUUUUGUUUUAAUAUAGGAUGAAAAUAUAUGAUGGAGGGGUAAAGGGAAGGGAGGAGGGUACUAAUUGUGAUAUAAAGUGCUAUAUAAACAUAUAUAAAUCGUGCAAUAAUCGUCCUAAAUUGUGCUAUAUGCAAUACAACGGAGAACAACUUAAACUUAUUCCUGUAUAUUUUCUCUUCUUGGGCAUUAUAUUAUCGACCCGAGACUCACCAGUUCUCUGUUUACUGACCUGAAGAUCGGGCGUGGAUGACCUGUGUACGUAACACUACCAACGACCAUCAAACACACACAUACACACACAAAGCCUGCAGUCAUAACCAUGUAUUGAACGUGUAAUAAUACAAACCUAAUAUGAUUCAGGUCAGGUCAGUCAGGUCAGGUCAGGAAUUAGCCGUCAUAAAGAAUUAUCCAAACCGUACACAAGCCAUGACACGCCCACCUCAAGCGAAAGGACAUCGAACUGCCGUGGGUCACAAUCGGGUCGUUAAACCACUCAAAUCACUGAACUAGCUAAACUACACUCCCCUCUGAAGCACUACAGUAAGAGGCAGCAGCAGGGGCGAAGUCUUUUAAAAUAAAAAAAAUAAAAAAUUGUGAUGUCUAAAAAGUUCAAAGGAAUGUUAUAUAUAUUUUUUUGGUAUGUGUUUACUAUACAUAAAAUAGUACAGUACAGUAUUUUCUGUUUGGGUGAGAGAGAGAGAUAGAGAGAAAUAGACUCUUUGGUGACCAUCUUGAAGACUUGUGUACCUCCACUGUAAUGUAACUUGUGCAUCUCAUUUAAUGUUGUUCAGUGUUGCGUAGUGUUGCGUAGGGUGACUAUACGUACUUGUAUUGUUUUUGUUUUUCUAAAAGAUAAUGCACCCAAGUAUCUGUGUUGCAAAGGGUGAGGUUUGUUUUUUAAAAGAUAGAUGUACACCCUAUCAAUGUUGCAAAGGGUGAGGUUUUGUGAUAGAUUUGCAGCACCCUACCACUGUUACAAAGGGUGAGGUUUUGUGAUAGAUUUGCACCCUAUCAAUGUUUUGCAAAGGGUGAAGCUUUGUGAUACUGUAUGGCACCCUACCAGUGUUGUUAAGGGUGAGGCUUUGUGAUACUGCACUCUACCAGUGUUGCAAAGGGUGAGGUUUUAGGAUAGAUUUGCACCCUAUCAGUGUUGCAAAGGGUGAGGUUUUAGGAUAGAUUUGCACCCUGCCAGUGUUGCAAAAGGUGAGGCUUUGUGAUACUGCACCCUACCACUGCUGUAAAGGGUGAGGUUAUAGGGUAGAUUUGCACCCUACCAGUGUUGCAAGGGGUGAGGUUUUGUAGAGAUACUGUACCCUGUCAGUGUUGCAAAGGGUGAGGUUUGGAAGAAGACACACCACGCCCUAACUAUGUGUGUAGCCGCUAGGGAGAUCUAAUUAAGUGUUACGUGUUGUUACACAGCCACACUGAGUGUAAUUCCGUCCGUUGCAGGUGUAAAGGGUUUGCUAGGCCCAGACUAGCCCAGGCUCCUUAAGCUAUAGGUGGCACAUACUGUAGACUGAUUGUGAAAUGGCCUCAAAUACCUCCUAUGAAAGUGGAUCAAAAUUUUUUUCCCAACUGACCUAAAGAACUGAUUUUUAUGCUAAUAUAUUUCCUAUAACUGAUACUCAAAAUUAUACCUGGUGUUUAUAUUAUGUAAAUAAACAAACACAGGACAGUAGCUAACUCCCAUGAGGGUGAGUGAUGCCUUCCUCGGAUAUGGGUACCAGUGGCGGCCAAUGACAAGAACCAAACACUCAAUAAGCCACUGGUAGAUGGGAUGGAACAUAUGGCCACUCUGUCCCAUCAGAAAUAAUGCUUAAAAUGGGCUUCACCUCUGUAGUAUCUUAAAUGAGAUAUAAUAAUUCCCACAAGUCUUUAGCUUUAAGGGAAAACAAAGUGAUACGUGUGACAUGAAGACACUAUUGUUAUUAUGAAAAGAUACCAUGACACUGAAGAGGAAAGCAUCACUACACACUAAGGGUUUUUUAUGUAAAUUAUCAGAGGUCGACCUCCCACAACACAGACAGGUAUAUGAGGCCAUUAAAUAUGUCUUUACACGAGGACGGGUAAGACGACUCGCUGUUAAACGCUAAAAAAAGUCUUCGUCGGGAUAAAAAAUACACGAACGGUUGUGAACUUAAGCACGCCAGGACCUCCACCGGUAUAAACGUCGACGAGCCGUGAGACACCAGAGCUGUACUUACCCGUCCUCAACAACUGAUAUAUAUACAAUGUUAUUAGGGUGUUCCUGGACGCGUGUGGCCGCCAAUGUACUGUACAUACCGUUACUCUCGUCUUGGGCACAACCUACUAAAUAUAAAUACCGUUAUUGUUGACUUUUUUGUCGUUUUUUGGAUGUCCGUGGAUGAGGAUAGAUUGAGAUUAUUUAACAAAAGUAAAUACAUAAAAAAAAACACAUUUGGCAAUGGAUGCAUAUCAACAUGCUUCACUUGUGUUGUUAUAAGCUCAGCCCACGAGACUGAGAAUAAGCUAUAUUUUUUUAUACUGUUUUCUACCUAAAAUCUACCUAAUGGAGCAUCACUAUUUUGGAAUUUUGUCAUUGUUCGAGGAGAAUUAAAAAAAAAAAGGUAAAAUAUUAUCUAUGGCGAGGAGCGUUCACUGUGGCACAAAACCCAUGAGAGCCUUUGUCCGCUGGGGGAGUAGGGGGGAUGAUGGUGGCGUCGUCCCCCCCUCUACCCCCACACCACUACCGCUACUAUGACAGCUUAACAACAAGACUCCCUCUCACUGUAAUAGCAAUGUAAUGAUGUAGCUGCUGUGUGAGUACCGUACCUCUGUCAUAACAAUGUAAUGCUGUACCUAGCCACUGUGUGAGUACUGUACCCGACCUGUGAGUACAUCUACAGUUGAGUACAUCAGACCAGCUAAACUAUGUAGUCAAAACAGGUAGUUCCAAUCAAGUUAUUGGAACUAUUUACACAGACAAAUACAUACCAAAUGCCCAAUCCGAGAUCCACCCAAUCCACCCCCUGGGCAGGACCAAUCAGAUUAGAGAAUUUAUUGCAGCCAAUUAGAUUACAAAAUUUAGUGUAGCCAAUCAGAUUAGAGAAUUUAGUGUAGCCAAUCAGAUUAGAGAUUUAGUGUAGCUAUAGUGCUGUUCAGUACAUGUCAAAUGGGCACGUCAAAAAAGGGUAAUCAAACAGCGCAAAUUAGUGUUUUCUGGUGGUGUGAGCUGAUUUUCUUCUGGUAUUGGGGCAGACAAUGGGUACUAGAUGGGGCACAUACCCACCAACCAACAGACUGCCCCGGAAACCUUAUCAAGGUUAAACAGUCCACAAUAAGGGUACUGCCAACCUUCCACACAAAAAGUGCCGCGGGUAAUAGUUUGGUCAGACCUUAAACGAACCAUACUAAAUCUAGCUAACUCACUCCAAUAGCUCAUAGUAGUCCACGCUAAACUGAUUAGUGUUAAAAAAUACUUAAUCUAGAUAUAUAUACUGUAUGUGCUUCUCUAAAACACCAAUCACAUCAUUAAGGGCUAUGAGUGGUAUAAUUUCCUUACAGUAUAUCAAAAGAUACCAAAAAUUAAGUCAUAUUUGGCUUAAUAUGUGAGAAACCUAUCAAACCUAACCUCAGUGUCCUUAAACUGUGGUGGGUACUGUUGCUGACGAUAAACAGAGGGAUAACAGCAUCAAUCACGGUACAUUCCUCGCCUCACUUGGAUGUAUGCAUUAUCACUACGACCUCAUUAUUGUGAUAUCUGAAAUCCUCAUCAAAAAGAUCCAACUGGUGGUACAAGAAGACAUUAGCUAUAUCUCGACACCAUGUAGAAGCCAUUUGUGUUUGGUUGUCCACUGAGGGCCAAUUCUUGUGGUAGGAAUGUCCACUAGUAGAGAGAACAAUGUAUUUAGAGGCAGGACUCAUAAGCUUAUCAAGUACAACUGUGUUUUAUAGAUGAAUUUGUCGAGAUGAGUAAGUGUGUGUCGUUGCCUCAGCCCCAAGUGUUGUGACUCAAACACGACCUGACAUUAUGAAACAUUAAACCUGUCCUUAAUGAUCUAAUUAAGGUCUACUGUAAUUAUCUGCAGAUGACAUCAAGGUACUACAAUAUUAACUACCCAAUUAAACAUAACGAUCGAAUAAUUUAGCUACGAGUGAAUUAAUCAAUCGAAAGGUAAAUUCAUAGUCACAACAUGUUUACCUUGAGGCAAUGAUCAUGUGAAUACUGGCACUUCUGAGUGGAUAAUUCACUAAAUUCCAUACGAGACAAAAAUACCCCAUACAGUAUACAGAUCGAGAAUCCUUUAUCCAUGACCCGUAACCUAAUACCUCCGGAAUCCGUGAUGCAUCCGGCCUCAAAGAUUUUGGAUAAAGGAUUCUCUACCAGUAAUACAUAGUCAUUAUCAUACAUCAGCCAUUAACUAUGAACCGGUUUGGUAGACGUUACAUUGAGCAUAUGGCUGUAAUUCCUUGGGGGGAUCUAGGAGAUAUACAAUGGAUUUACAAUGGGCAUUAUUAUUGUUAUUAUUGUUGUUACUAUUAUUCAUGAGUGUAAAAGAUGAAUAAGGGAUACUUACCGAUGAAUGACUGUUCCUACCACGACAUAGACCAACUGGUGGUAAUGCGGUACAAGCCCCCAACCCCCCAUGUGAAAGUGUACUGGUGUUAUUGGUCGCUGGUAGAGGUGGAGGGGAAACGCUACUAUUUGCCAUGUAUUAAAAGGUGACCCAUACAAGUGUGAUAGUUAGUACAUGUGUACUGUAGGUGGGCUGGUGGGCGUAGGUUUAAUUUGUUACAUGGGUGAUAGUAUACUUCUAAUAAUACAGUACCUACAGGAUAAUUUGUUACAGCAACGUGAUAGUGCUUCUCAGAGUACAGGGUUUUUAAUUUUUUCGGGGCUGUGGUGCUGUGACCGCCACUGUACUACACUGCUGUUAUGUUUAGUGAGAGCCGUGUAUGUAGAGCAGUAAACGAGUAUAUAGCUGUUAGUUGUGUGUCUGAUGAUGAGAGAGAUAUCCACAACCAGCACUUAAAAGGAGUGAGGGUUACGAACGUGCAAUUGUUGAUGUUGUAGCGUUGACCAAUUCACAGCAAGAUGGUGGUAACGGCAUAUCAAAGUAACAAACAACUACCCAAUUCAACGAGAACUGGGACUAACGAUAUCCAGUGAUUUCAUUGCCAUCGUUAUCACCUAAGGCACGGAUACUUAUGGCACAAAUGUACUCUCGAAUCUUAAUAAAGUUAGAAUCAAAUCCUAAUUAGGACUACUCCCCCCCCGCCCCCCUUCCUUUAAACUAUUUUAUUACCAGAAUUAUUGGCCUCCGCUGUUGACCUAUUGGCUAACUCCGCCCACUUUUGGUUUCCUUAGCAACCGUUGAUUCAUAGAAGUUGAUUGGCUGGUGCCCGUUGCUAAGUGACAUAUUUCCCCCAUUCAAUCUUUGGCAUAAGGAUUUUGUUUUUACUAGUGAGAAUUAAAUAAGCUUUCACAUAAAAAAAUCUAUUAAAGUAAAAGAAAUUAAAAAAAAUAUCAAUGGCUGUUAGUUAAUAGACCCUCCAAUCAACCUACACAAAGUUGUAAGAAGCAUAAAAGUGUGAAGCAAAAAUGGACAGAACUCAGAUGAUAGAUUGAUGUUACGAUAAAUUCUAGAAUAACAUACAUACAGUACUCCUACCAGUUCAGUGGGUACAGUAAAAAAAAAACCUAACUCCAUGUAGCUAGUUACUUAUGCUUGUGGACAAAUAGUAAAUAGCAGAAGGCCUUGGCUAGUUGUUCACUUAAUUAUGUACAAAAAUGUGAUAUUCAAUAUAAUUUUCAUUGAUAGUUGGUUCACAGGUGAUAAAUAAAUGAUGUCUUGAGACCCUAAAACACCACAGUUGAAGCUGCUCCCCUUCCUGGCUCCCCCCCCCCCACAACUCACCGUCAUCUCGCCUUAUUAUACAACAUUAGACCUAAAAAGGUGUCGCUUCCCUACGUACAAACGUUCCCACGAUUUAACUUCCAACUAAAAUUUCGUAAAAAUCUUUUUCUUUCUCUCACUCUUUCUUCCUUUUCCUUCAUUUCUCUCUCCUCUGUAGUAUCCUCCUCCUCAUGUCUCCUUUUCUACCUCAUUUCUUCUCUCCUUCUUGGGUUCCUUCCCAGUCACCCAGAUAUAUUUUCAGCCCGUCAAAAACUGAACAUGCAAAGCUCAAAAUCAACAACACGCACCAUAGACAAAGAGGCACCGUACGCGCCCCCGUCUGUGUAAACUAAACCAACCUCAAAACACCCCAGCGUCGGACCUCAAACCAGGCACGUAACGGCACCUGGUUUGAGUCCCGACGGAUGGUUGUAUCAAUCACCUGGCCAGCUUUACCCCCUUAAUCUCGUCACAAGCUAAAUGUAUCUAACCUGCACUAAUGUUCUCGCGUCUGUUAUUUUACCAAACAAAUCCCGUUAAGUAUUUUCUUCCUGAAUCGAAGUGAUGAUAAAGCAGCUUGGGUGAAGGGCUACCCACGAUGUGUCUGAUGAACCUAUGUAAGAUGUUGGUUGGUCGUGGUGAGGCUGUGUGGAUAGCUACACUACGGUACUGUAGGUGUGAGAGUACUGUAUUCUAUAACUAACUGUGACAUUAGGGUUGAUAUAUUCCCUACCCGUUGUGUACAUAAAUGAGACGUGUGGCGAUUGUACGUGAGCGCCGUACAUGCGGGGAAUUAAAAUAAAAGGCCACACCCGUCUAACUGCUCCAGCUAUCCCUAUAUGUUAAUGUAUCAGUCUAUGCAACUGAAUAUCUAAAAAACAAAAAAAAAACAUUAAAAAAACAUUAAAAACGUUCACACAACUGCCAAAAUAUAUUAUUGUUACGAAUUCUGUUUGUUUGUUUUAGUUGGUCAUACGUCAUCACUCAUUAUCAGAAAAUCACGUUUCAUUUCAUAUGUUGUAUUAAUUAAGGCGGAAUUUUGAUAGGUGUUCAAAGCCUAUAAGUUUAGCCUUCCAAGUUGUCAUGUCUCUGGUCUAGGUUAGUGAAAUGUUGCUCUAAACAAGCAAUAAAUGGUCAAGGUUA